AUGGAGAGGAGGGAGAAACAGAUGGAGAUGAGGAUUGGCGUCCAGUUGACCACAGUACAGAUGAAGAUGAUCAAGAUGAUGAACAAGGCACAGAGAGAAGCAAAAAAACCAAUUACUUGGAAGAAGGAGGUAAAGAAUCGAAGGAGAGGAAAGACGUGUUCCUUGUGUGGUGCCCCAAAUCUUCAGAGGCUGGAUGUACAUCUCAACCAAAAGCACAAUAUGCAGAGAGGGGCAGAAAUGCGGAAGGCCACCAAGGCCAUGGAUAAAAAGAAAGGGCUCAGUAAAGCAGAAGGAAGCGAUGAUAUAUUCAGCAGGUUUGAGAAGCAUCUGAGAUGCUUGGGAAAAGUCAUCAAAACUGCCAAGGCCAAUUCCAGCAUCAUUAGAUACAUUGCCAAUGAAAAAGGUGGCCUAAUAGGGUUUUUCAACGACCAUGAUGCCAUCGCAAACUUCAUCAUUGAGCUGAAAAAGAAAUACCAGCCCAAAACAACUCGGGCGAAGAUUCAUGGCAUCGCAGAGUUCUCGGAAUGGUUGCUAGAUGAUAGACUAAGUCUAAAAGAGGUCGGUGUAAAGAAGUCCCACAUAAAAAGGACUUUGCGCCUGGCCAAAAAGUAUGGUGCGGCCAUGGGCCCGGACAUAAUGGCACACGAGGCCGAGAACAGGGAUAAGAUUGAAGAUAUCUGUCUGAAUCAGCCAGAGAUCCAAGAAGUGGAUGCUGCCUUGAGGAAGCCAGGAUUGGAAAUUGCAGGCAAACUGCAGGAAGGGGAAGCAGUCCUGCCCAAAGAUGUCCUCCUCUUUAGGGACUUCCUAAUCGUUCGGAUUUUAUUUCGAAAUCCUCACAGACCAGGGGUAAUAUCCAACAUCACGUUGAGAGACUUCCAAAAGGGAAGUGAUAUGGCUGAUGAAACCUCCCUUCACGUCGUGAAGGUCAGAGUACACAAGACCCACAGGAAGUAUGGGGCUGCCAACAUCAUCAUAGAUGAAGCUCUAUGGAGGUGGCUCUCCAUAUACAAGGAGAAGGGACGGCCCCUGACACCCAACUACUCAGAAGCAAUGGAGAGAGAUGACAGCCCUUUCUUUCUCAGUGCAGUAAGCACACAAAUGACGAAGGUUGGGCAAUCCUUGAAACGUCGUGGGGAGGCUCUGGGCAUCACGGACCCAACCAAGAUGCUGCCGACCAACAUCAGGAAGACGGUGGUAACGAUGGCCCACGAGGACAUGUCACCGAAGAAAAGAGAGAGGCUGGCGAACUUUAUGUUACACAGCGUCACGGUCCAGGAAGGCUAUUAUAAGGCGAGGACAAAAUCAGCCAAAAACAUUGCCGCAUCUUUUGAUGUGGCAAAACUCGUGCCCCUGGAGGAAGGUCAUGAACAUCCCACAACAAGCAACGACGUUUCUGCAUCAAGAAGCGACGUAAUUGUGCCUUCUGUUAUACAAAGUCUGCAACCAAGCAUUGGCGAGGCAGAUGUGGGCCACAUGUCGGAUUUUGAAGAUGUACAGUCACAGGAAAAAAAGCGGAAAACCCAUCGCCGAAGACUGUUAUCUGCAGAUAGAGAACAGCUGAUGAUCACAAGGAUUCAACAGGCCGUCAUGUCGAAUGCGUCAAGAAUAAAAAAGAAGCCAUUUCGAACACUUACCAACGCAGUUUACGAGCGGAUGGAGAAGGAAGGACCCCUAAGUUUCACAGCUAAGGCUUUUUAUGAUAAAGCCAGACACAUGAAGCUGGACAAAGACCCCCUAAAGUAGUGCCACGGUACAGCCUUGUCAAGAUAUAGAUGUUUAGGGAAUUGGUGAUCUAAAAUAAAGGAAAUUGAAUGUGGUUUCUUUCCUACCUUGUGUUGAUGCAACACCUGUCGAAACCGGUACCAGAGUAAGAAAGCCACAAUAUUAUCUCACUGUGACUUCUGAGAUAAUUUACAAUGUGAGUUAUAGGUAGACGUUCAAUUAUUGCACAGUUCCCUUAGAAAGAAUAUGUAGACUAUUUACAAGUAAUAUCGCUUCUUUGCCGAUGAAGUAAGGGAGACAAAACUUAUAAUCUCAAUAAAGUAAUAAGGCUUUAGAACCAAGCAGAGAUUCGAGCGAAGAAUGAAGAUACGAAUUAUGAUAAAGCUGAAUUAGUCUGGAUGUAGACUCUCUCUUUAAAAUGCGUCUCCUCCUGGGUGCGCGCAUGUGUUAUUAAGUGCCUGCAUGGGUAAUGCGGGCUUUAUAUUAACGCCUAUUUUAGUGCGCUUUUGGAUAAGAUAGUACAGAUAAACGUUCAUCCAAUAUUGUACACAGUGCAACGCACUUUUAUCAAAGAUAGUACACAGUGCAACACACUUUCGUUUUGUGCAUACUCCAAAUAUUGAUAACGCGCAUUGUUACUCUAUAGAUCAAAGCUAUUAACUUAAGAGAUCAGCAAAACAAAAAACACUGUAGGGUGAUUGAUGGGCCAAAGUACAAUUUAUCACAUGAUUUACUUUCCACCAAUCGUACAGCAAGAUUCUUAGUGAGUGGAAUAUCAUACCUUUAAGAGGUAUUAUUUGUUUUGUAUCCAAAGUUGUUUGAUUUUGUGUCUCUUCCCCAUUGAGUAUCCUCAACUAGUAAUGAUGACAUAUGCAGGGGAUCUUUGUCUAUUAUUUUAUAUGCACAUCGUGUAUAAUGCCUGAAUAAAAUGUAUCGCUUUCUGUAAUUGUUGGUGAGACAUUGACCAUGUACUACAUGUACAGACAUGCCAACCAGUACGAUCUUAUCGUAUUUGGUACGAUAAAUGUGAAAUACGAUUGUACGAUAUCGCCCCAUGAUAAUACUACUUUUCAUAUUAAAAAAAGAAAACUUGGUGUUUUUUUUGAAAUAUCAGACACUUGUUUUUUCUUUAAAUUGGUUUAUAAUGUCAGUCAACAGGAAUGUGGCACAUAUUUCCUCGAGUAUAUAAUGCAAGUCUAAACAGUAAUUUUUUUCUCAAUUCUAUUCUGGCUUGAACCAAACUUUCAUUGGCCAAAAUAUGCAAGCAUUCAGUUGUAUAAUAUUCUCGUUAUGCAUUUAAACACCCUUUUUGCAUCAUAAGAAUUAUUACUGAUGCAUUACUAUUUUCUCAUUAAAUGUUUAAUGAAAGAGCAAACAUUUUACUUGCUCGUUCUUACCAGUAAAAAAAAAUCUGAUAUUUUGCUGGCCCAGGACCAAUGAUCAGCCAGCGGUAGUGUCAAGUUUUUGUAAAAUUCUGAUUUUUCUCUCAAAAUCCAAUUGGUUAGGAUAUUCAGUAUGUUUUUUUUUGGUCAAGACGUUGGCAUCUCUGCAUGUAUAAACAGUGUAUAUAUUAAAUUUAUCUCUAUAUAUGACCAUGUAUAGAUUACCUGAUUAAACAUAUUUUUUAAAUAUCUUGUUAGUGCAUAACUUAAACAAAAUAAGGUAUCGUAGUGAAAAUUUGUUGGUAAGAUUAAAAAAAUGUGAAAUACGAUUAUACGAUAUCGCCCCUUGAUAAUACUACUUUUCAUAUUAAAAAAAGAAAACUUGGUGUUUUUUUUAAAUAUCAGACACUUGUUUUUUCUUUAAAUUGGUUUAUAAUGUCAGUCAACAGGAAUGUGGCACACAUUCCUCAAGUAUAUAAUGCAAAUCUAUACAGUAAUUUUUUCUCAAUUCUACUUCUGGCUUGAACCAAAUUCUCAUUGGCCAAUAUAUGCAAGCAAUUAAGUUGUAUAAUAUUCUCGUUAUGCAUUUUAACACCCUUUUUGCAUCCUAAGAAUUAUUACUGAUGCACUACAAUUUUCUCAUUAAAUGUUUAAUGAAAGAGCAAACAUUUUACUUGCUCGUUCUUACCAGUAAACAAACUUCUGACAUUUUGCUGGCCCAGGGCCAGUGAUCAGCCAAGUUUUUGUAAAAAUCUGAUUUUUCUCUCAAAAUCUGAUAUUCAGUAUGUUUUUUUUUUGGUCAAGACGUUGGCAUCUCUGCAUGUAUAAACAGUGUAUAUAUUAAAUUUAUCUCUAUGUAUGACCAUGUAUAGAUUUACCUGAUUAAAUGUAUUUUUUAAAUAUCUUGUUAGUGCAUAACUUGAACGAAAUAAGGUAUCGUAGUGAAAAUUUGUAAGAGUAUGUAGGACCAUGAGAAGAUCAUUAGGUGCUGAGGGACGUACUUGCUACAUGUAACUUGAAGAUAUACAUUCUGAAAACACUGUACAUAACAUUUUGAGGAUAAAAAAAAGGGAUGCAGAAAAGUACUGAUUAUGUUGCAACCAUUAAAAACAUUACACAAUGCAGUACAGUUUAAAACAAA